GCUUCACGCCUGCGUGGGUGGUGGUGUCAGAGGCGAGUUGGCGCGGUACGCGAGCUGCUUGCGGAAUGGUCCUGAACCAGGUACGGGCCGUUUUCUUUGAUCUGGACAACACGCUCAUCGACACGGCCGGGGCGAAUAGAAAAGGCAUGUUGGAGGUGAUAAAGCUCUUACAAUCAAAAUACGAUUACAAAGAAGAGGCUGAAACCAUCUGUGACAAAGUUCAAGUUAAACUCAGCAAAGAAUGUUUUCAUCCUUCCAGUACUUGCAUUACUGAUCUAAGGACUUUACACUGGGAAGAAGCUAUCCAGGAAACGAAGGGUGGUGGAGCCAAUAGGAAAUUGGCUGAAGAAUGUUAUUUCCUAUGGAAAUCUACACGUUUACAGCAUAUGAUACUAGCAGAAGAUGUCAAAGCCAUGCUCAUUGAACUUCGAAAGGAGGUCCGCCUACUUUUACUAACAAAUGGAGACCACCAGACCCAAAGGGAGAAGAUAGAGGCUUGUGCCUGCCAGUCCUAUUUUGACGCUAUCGUUGUAGGUGGAGAGCAGAAAGAAGAGAAGCCAUCACCUUCCAUAUUUUAUUACUGCUGUAAUCUCCUUGGAGUACAGCCUGGGGACUGUGUGAUGGUUGGUGAUACACUAGAAACCGAUAUACAAGGAGGCCUUAAUGCAGGGCUAAAAGCAACAGUCUGGAUAAAUAAAAAUGGAAUAAUGCCACUGAAGUCAUCCCCCAGGCCACAUCAUAUAGUUUCUUCUGUGCUAGAGUUACCUGCUGUUUUACAGAGUAUAGACUGUACAGUCAGUAUGUCAGCUUAAAGCAUAUAAAAGGGCACGAUUAUGUAUUUAGGGUCAAAUUACAGAGUUUGAAGUAAGAAAAGUUAAGGCAUUUUGUAUAUUAUGACCCAGUUCUAAGAUUCAGUGACUAAGCAACCAUUGACUAGUAUUUAUAUCUGGAAAUCCAGAGUACAUUAAUUAAUACAAGUUACUUUUAGUAGUAUAGUCCAGAAAACUUGAGGAAAUAUGUUCUUUGUUAAAUCUGUGACUUGAGAUUUUUAAAUAUUUUAUUAAUCAUUCAGUAUCUUGGAUCCAUGAAGAUACCAGGCAAGAUAGCUUAUAUGUGGAUGCACAAAUACAGGUUUUAUGUUCUGUCUUUUUUUUUUUUUUUUUAUGUUCUGUCUUAAAAGCAGAUAUAUUUUAGAAAUAGAUUUUCCAGAAAAUAUAUAUUAGAGAUUUAUUAGAAUAAUCAGAUCUGAUUAAUAGUAAAUAGUACUAAGUCACAUGUCAAUUAGGGCAUUCCAUAGUGAAAUUAUUUUGCAUAUUUUCUUUUUUAAAACAUAUGCUAUAUUUUUGCCUACUUUGAAUUACAUACAUUCUUUUAUGAAUCUAAUUUUUCUGCAUGACCUUUUUUUGGGGGUUUUGGUAGGGGAACAAUUUUCCUAUGGUGUAUACACAACAAAUAGAUCCCUACAGUAAAAAAGCUGUUAAAAUCA